AUGUUCAUCAAGAUCCUACUCCUCUCUGCUAUAUUUCUCCACUUUUCCCAAGCCUCGAAACUUUACCCACGCGACACUUUCAAAAUCGUCUUGGACAAUAAAAAUGAAGUCUAUGCCCCUGGAGAUGAUGUGAAAGGAAAUCUAGUUCUCAAAACUCCAAAAGAUUCAGCGAUUAACAAUGUUGUUUUGCGAUUUGUUGGACAAGCCUACGGAUUUGCUGAUUAUGGAGAGAAGUUUGGAGUCUAUCAAUCGAAUAUUGCACCAUUUAUCAAUGAAUCAAAGGUUCUUGUGAAGAAAGAAGUUCUAGCCAAGAGCAAGGAAUUCAAAUAUCCAUUCUCAUUCAAAAUUCCCGCCAAUUCUCUAACUUCCGUUGAAGCUUUCCCAGCAAAAAUCAGAUAUGGAUUCGAAGUUGAGAUUAGUGAAACUGAUGGUUCUACCGGAAUUCCUGCUAGAUAUCUGAUCACCGUUGUAAAUGGCAUCGAUCUUUCAAAAUCGGACGAGUAUUCAAAGCCAGCUUCAUGCGAAGGAUCAAAGUUCGGAGUUAAUAUCAAAGCAACUGUCAUUAAACGUGGUUUCGUUGAUGGUGAAAAUAUUACAUUAACUGUUGAAAUUGAUAACAAAUCGAAUGAGAAAACUGAUUCAGUGAGUUAAAAAAAAGUUUCUGUGUAAGUAAAAACACAUCAAGGGGUUCUUUAGAUUCACGCAGAACUCAUUGUCAAUAAGACAAGUAUUUUGAAAAAAGGCGGAAAGACUUAUAAAAUCGGAGAUGCAGUUGCAGUUGCAGGAGAUUCGAGGGAAAUUCGAACUAGAGAGUAUGAAACCUAUUUCGUGACUGAAAAAGUAUGUUUUUCUUUUACGGGGGGCACCUUUGGGGGUCCUAUUUGAUUCAAGUAUCCAAUCAUCUGUUUCCCGCAGGUCUCAGUCAACGCAAAAUCCAAAGAAAAAUUCACUGUGAUCGCACUAAGCUACGAAACCACCAUCCCAAGUUUCGCCCCAAAAACCCUUCCACCAUUCUUGUCCAUCAGACAUCGUCUCGAUGUUGAAGUAAAACAUGCAAAUGGUAAAAAUACAAUCAGUUGCUCAAUUCCACUUACAAUUGGAACUGUGCCAACGAAAGAUGUGAAGAAACGCAGUAAGAACUUUUUGGGCUGAUCACGUUUGCGUUGUCAAAAAUAGCUAAACUCAAGGCUGAAAAUGAGUUAUGACGUGGCAAAGUUGUUUAAGAAUAAUUGUCAUGAGUUUACGAGACUAUUGGAGGAUAAUUCAGGUUUUUUUGUUUUAUGGAAACUAUUUAUAGUCUUUGUAAAGCUUUACAGGACUAUAACUAAACUAAACUAAGUUAGCUAUAGUCUUGUAAAGCUUUACAAAGACUAUACAUAGCUUCCAUGAAACAAAAAAGCCUGAAUUAUCCUCCCAUAGUUUUGUAAACUCAACAAAAGUAUUGUUCAAUAACUUUGCCACGUCAUAACUCAUUUUCAAACUCGAGUUCAGUUAUUUUUGAAAACUUAAUCAUGAUCAGCGGGUCAAUUUCCCCUUAAAAAUGUAUUUCAUCAACAUUUUCAGAGCCCGCUGCAUACGUUGCUGAUAAAACCGAUGUUUUGAUCAACGAUUCGGAAAAUGUUCUAGGAAAUUACGCGCCAAAAUAUCCAUUGUACGAUUUCACGGCUUAA